AUCUUCAUUUAUACCUCUCGAUUUCGAACAAAGAGGGAGAAAAUAUUUGGAAAUACUUAAACGUGGUUGGCUGGAGAUGAGUUACAUUCCUGUCGAGGGCUCAAAUGCCUUUCAAUUUCGAGGAUCCGUGGAUACGAACUCAACACAUACCAUAUUGUCGGUGAUGGCUCAGGUCCUUCAUUCACUGUCUUCUUGACUUCCAAUGUGCUUGUGUGACAUUCUUUAACACCUUUUUUUCCCCGAGAGCUGAACAAUGGCAGUGGGCGCCAGGUUCCAUUAUACUUAAAUUUUCUCUCUAGGGCUACCCUUUUUAACUUGUCCUUGUCAAGGAACCAUGCACCUAUCUCCCUCUGCAACAUGGGAACGCUAUCCACCACCCCUUCGGACGGAUCAAGCGUGUCCACCGUUGAGCUUCGAUCGCUGUCACCUGUGCCAGUCGAACCAGCGAGACACAAAGGGCGCCGAGUCAGUGACGUGCAAAAUGAAUGCGCCGCUAUCCCAGAUCCGACCAGCCAUCUGGAACCACAGAAUCGCCUCCAUCAACCGCUCAGACGCUUCAGUUUCCUGAAUGUCAUGGGUUCUGGUAUCCUCAUUGCCGCCCUCCCGCGAAUUGCAAAAGAUGUUAGCAUAUCUGAAGGUCUGAUCCUCUGGCCUGCUGCUGUCUACUCCCUUGCAGCUGGGUGCCUGCUUCUCAUGUUUGGCGCAGUUGCAGACAUUAUUGGGCCAAAGCUCAUGUGGGUCACUGGGAGCUUUCUUUUUGUUGCAUUCACUGUGGCAGUGAGUGCUGCAAGAACAGGUCUUCAGGUCAUUCUCUUCCGCACUUGCCUUGGUGUUGCUAUUUCUAUGUGUCUACCAACAGCUGUUAGUCUGAUCGCGAAUACCUUCCCAAAGGUUCUUGGUGGUAUCUUCACAGACACAAUUGGGUGGAGGUGGGCAUAUAAUAUGAUGUCAUUAGCAUUAGUGCAUCACCAUUUAGACAAGAAAUUGACACGUCGGCUCAUUGAGGAUGUUGAUUGGCUUGGUGAUAUCCAGAAUAUUGUGCUUCUUGUGGUGUCAGGUGUCUUACUGGUUGCAUUCCCAUGCUGGAUGUAUUAUCAAGUCAAGAAUGGAAGGCCAGCACUUAUCCCCAAUAAGCUUUGGAUGAAUUCUUCGUUCACUUCCAUUUGCAUUUCUGUCUUCAUGUCAUACCUUGUCGCACGAGUUGAACUUCGGACGCUGGGUGUAAUUUCAGCCUUGAUAACCAUGAUUGCCCUGGUGCUUAUGGCAACUGUCGACAUCGACGAGGACUAUUGGCUUGCUCCAUUUUGGGCUUUAUUAUUCUCACCGGUUAACCCCGAUAUGCUAUUCACCCUUUCCAAUCUUGUCAUCUCAGACUCCUUCCCAGCUGACAUCCAAUCCCUUGCCGGUGGUGUUUUCAAUGGCGUUUCUCAGUUCGGCAAUUCAGUUGGCCUAGCGGCGACUGCUGCAAUUGUUGCAUCUGUCACGGAGCACUCGGAUAUCAAUCUUAGCCAUAAGGAGCUGGUGAUGAAAGGCUAUCGGUCUGCCUUCUGGACUAUAUUUGCGGCGACCACACUAGUUGUCAUCAUUAGCUUUUUUGGGCUGAGGAAGGGUGGAACUGUGGGGAAAAAGGAUGAGUGA